GAUUCACGUAUACAAUACGAAUAUUAAAAAGUAUUAUUUUAUUGUAUAACCUCCUCUCAAAGAUAACACCAGGGUAUCGCUAUACACACUUCAUUUCUCAAUACAAUGACUUUUUUAAAGAUACAUCUAGUACAAACUCCGUAAAAAUAUAUAAUAAAAUCGAUAAAAAAAUUAAAUAACAAAAUUAUUAUUGAAUAGUUUUAGAAUAUGUUGUUAUUCGAUUAGUAAACCUUACAGUUAGAACAUCUAUUGAAUGCAUAGGUAAGUAAGCUUUCUUUUUCUAUUGUCCUUAUAACACUCAUUUAUGGUUCAGUGGGGUUUGAUUUCCCACAGCCAUACUGAUGACCAAACGUACAAGCAUAUUUGAUGUGCUAAACAAUAAUUCCCUAAUUUUUUAUUAAGGUAUGCACCACGCCAACUCAACUCAUGGACGUAUCUCUGUUAUACCUACUUUGUCUGAACUUCACUGCUUAAACAAUCUUAUCUUAUUUUACAAAUUAUUAUAGGUAUCUUUCAUAAUUAUAUCAUAAUAUUUACACUCAAAUUUACUAUCAUAAAUACUCUUCUUUGCUUUUUAUUACUGUAUUUAGAUAUUUUAUAGAACUACAAAAUUUUAGAUAGAAAACGGUCUGAGCCGAAAUAAUAUAAGAAAGUUUCAUAACGAUCAAAAUUAGUUUGUGAUGAUUGUCAAUAUUGUCAUUAUUGUGAUCUAUAAGUGUAGAGCGAGUGUACUAAAUUAUCCAAGCGUGUUUUCCUUUACUCGAGAUAAGAACGAGACAGAUUCGAAUAAUUAGUAUUAUAUAUAAAAAUAACAUUACUACGUAUGUUUACAAGCGUACGUUUUCAUAGUAUUAAAUGUUCCGGUUAAACGUACGUUUUUAUCGAUAAUUUUUCACUUUAGUAUGUCAAGAUUACGUUCCGUGAUUUCGACGCGUCCGCUCCGCAAUAAAAUUAAUGGGACUCGCCUGUAACAUGGCGAAUAUUUAUCAAUAAUGACAUUGAAAUGGAUGCGGUAUGCCAGCACACCGAUGCAUUGUGCCAGGCGUUUGGGCUCGCCGCCGCGCUACACUCACUCAACCUUUAUUGCGCUAGCAUCUGCACGGCACUUAUUUGCUGUUGUUCAACGCAGCGGCCUCGCUGGAUUGGUAUCAAAUGGCGAUGGCAAAAUACGCGGGGAAUAGUAAGUCUCGCUUUGGGGGUGACAUGGUGUUGUGCUGCGGCUGCAGCAUCGCUUCGCCCUGGAAACACCGUGCGACUAGUUGCCUCCCUAAUGGCUCCUCUGUCUUGGCUUGCUGCCGCGGCAAUGCAUGUAGCAUUAUGGACUCGGCGCUCAACGGCCCCAAUUCUUUAUUUAGCUAUAUACUGGUCGUUAUCAUCAGCCUCAUCAGCAACAAUCACAUAUCGUUUUCUACUCAAUGAGGUUCCUUACAACCACGUUGAAGUAUAUCUUCAUGGAGCCGGAAUAUUUUUAGCAUUCAUAAUGUCUGGAGUGGAUUGGCUUUGCUUUUAUGACGAAGUUACAAAACGUUCACUUUGCCGUACAAAAAGUUCUACAGAAUCUAAAAAUACAUUAUAUUUAUAUAAUGAUACUCACUUUUACUCAAAAAUAACCUUUUUUUGGUUAAACACACUUUUAUAUAAAGGCUAUUGUGUACCUCUAGAUAAUGAGGAUUUAAAAGAUGUACCCGAAGAAGAGUCCUCAAAGACAUAUUUUAAAAAGAUUAAGGCUAUAAUUGGCAAAGAUCAAAUCGUCAGUAUAUGGAAAUGCUACGUUCGCAUGGUGUGGCCAAACUUCUAUAUUGCAGGAAUAUUAAGAUUAUUCAGCGACUUAACAAGCGUCAUUCCGGCGUUAGGCUUAGCUGCUUUAAUUUGGUACAUCGAAAAUAUAACGAAAAUUGACGGCAUGGAAUCUGAAGUGACCAUACAAGAGUUUUUCUCAAAUGGCUACGUCGUGCUUGUUAUUGUAACAUUAGCACUUAUUCUUCAAGGGUUGUUCUCACAAAAUGCCACUCAUUUACUUAUGGUAGAAGGUUCUAGACUAAAAAUGGCUUUACAGAGCAUGAUUUACGAUAAAUGUACGCGAUUAGCUUGUUGGUCUACAGACGCAGAUGUAAAUGAGGAGUCCCCAUUACUUCAAAAGCCCAAAGAUGACGCUAAUACACAAUCAGGCCUUCUUACGAAUUUAAUAUCUCAAGAUACGUAUAAUAUUAUGUCCUGCGUAUGGGUUUUUCAUUAUACAUGGGCCAUACCAUUGAAGGUGUUUGUUAUACUGUAUUUACUUUAUACAAAAUUGGGUAUAAGUGCGAUAAUUGGCUCAGUAACCAGUCUUUGUCUCAUAACUCCAUUGCAACUCUUCAUUGGGAAGAAAAUAUCAGACAAUUCUAGAGAUAUAUCAAAAUGCACGGACCACAGAGUUUCGAAAAUAUCAGAAAUUUUGCAGGGGAUGAAUGUCAUUAAAUUAUACGUAUGGGAAGACUUGUUCAAUGAAAAAAUCUUACAACUGAGGGAAGUCGAAUUAAAACUCCUCAAUAAAGAUUCGUGGUAUUGGGGAUUACUUAAUUUUACGACACAAGUUUCCGCAGCUUUAAUAACGAUUAUAACGUUUACAACACACUAUUAUCUUGAGAAUACAAUUACAUUAAACUCUAUAAAUGUGUUUGCUGGGUUGGCACUUUUUAAUCAGCUGACGAUACCACUGUUAAUAUUACCUGUAACUAUAUUUAUGAUGAUACAAGCUAUGGUCAGCACAAAAAGGAUAAGAGAUUUCUUGGAACUUCCAGAAUCUUAUAAUACGCGAGAUGAUGCUAAUGACAAUUCAUUUACUAAGCAAUCCGCGGACAAUUUAUACGAAGCUUUUCUUGAUGUUAUUCCAGAAGAUAAUCUUCUCUCUGAAAGGGAAGAAUUUGAUUUAAAUAAUGACGAAGAAAACUCGUGUCUCAGCAAUGUGUCAAUUGUCCACGGACAGGAAUAUUUGAUAAGGUUUACAAAUGCUGCUUUCUCUUGGAAAAUAAAGGAUAAUGUGUGGCUAGAGGUUGAUAAUUUAGAUAUACCACCAGGAAAAUUAAUAAUGGUAGUUGGAUCUUCUGGUUCUGGCAAAUCCUUGUUGCUUUCUGCAAUAUUGGGAGAAAUGUAUCAAGAAAAAGGAGAGUUUAAUACAAAUGUGCAUUGUUCAAUGUGGUACGCUGGUCAACCACCCUGGCUUCUCGAAGGCUCAAUAAGAGAUAAUAUUUUAAUGAAUAGUUCGUGGUGCCCAAAAAGGUACGCUCGCGUGCUGCGUGCCACAGGAUUACGACCUGACUUGCAGAUGUUACCGGAAGGUGAUGACACUCUAUUGGGAAGCUAUGGGACACCACUGUCAGGAGGACAACGGGUUCGCUUGUGUGUCGCGCGUGCUUUAUACUCCAAAGCGAGGCUUAUUGUACUUGACGAGCCGCUCAGUGCUUUAGACGCGACACUGGCACAACAUUUGGUCGGCCGGGCGCUCAUUCCUGCCGCACGAUCUGGUCGUACAGUCAUAUUGGCCACGAAUAGAUUAGAGGUCUUACAUUACGCGGACUUUAUUAUAGCUAUGGAGGACAGCCGUGUAUGUGAAGUCGGUCGUCUGAAUACUAAGUGUGAAGGCGUUUUGAGUCAAUGGACAAGACUGGCUGCAGACGCCCGCGCAGCAGCGUCUCGAACUGGCGCUGGUCCAACCGGAGGCGCUGCGCGUGAAAGAAAACAACUUCUUCGAGCAAUAAGCCGCUUACAGCUUCAGAGAAAUAUGUCAGAUGAUGCUAUGCAUGUGGGCAUCAACGAAGUGGCUGGAGCCCAUCUCUUCGCAGAAGUGCCCACGUGUGCAGGUGGCAGUUGGCGUCAAAUCGCCAAGCGAAUGCGGCCACCAAUAUCACGUCAAUUUUCCACUCCUCCUCCGACAGAUCAAAAUUUCAAAUGGUAUCGUGACUUACGACGCGCUGUUAGUGCAGAUGAAUCUAAUGAAGUCUUACAGCAUGAAGCAAGCUUGUUGCGUCGAUUUUUAAACCGCCGACCGUAUCAUACGUUAUCCAGAUGGACGCCAAGGAAUUUACUUCGGUUAUUAAGCUCUGAUUCUGAUACGUCCUCUCAUUCAACUCAAAAUAAUGGAACAGUAGUGGCACUGCCAUCUGAUGACGCGACGCUCAACUCUACUACUUGCAAUGGAAUUGACACGAUCGCUGCGCAGGAGGAAAUCUCCGAGCCUAACACAGAAGAUGAAGUUGUCCAGAACGAGUUCACGGUGUGGUGGGAAUAUGGUCGAGCGUGCCGAUGGUGGGGUGCCGUAUACUGGGUAGUAGCGGUGACGGCGCAGGCGGUGGCACUCGCUGCAGACUUUUGGCUCUCGCAUCUAGCCGCAGAGAGUGCCCACUCUCCGCUCUCCGAUCAAGAGACAUGGAACAUGAUACGUAUUUACGUGCUGUGGUGCGCGGGAGCGAUAUGCGCUGCAGGCUGUGCGCAAGUCGCCUGCGCAUGUGCCGGUGCUGCCUCCAGGCGCACUCUUCACGAACGUCUUCUGCACGCUACGCUCCAUGCACCGUUGCACCAUCACAACUCACGCUCGGCUGGCGUUACGAUACACCGCUUCUCUUCUGAUACACUUGUUGUUGAUAAGAAAUUGCCAACGGCUGUGAACAGAUGGGCUCAACUAGCAUUACUUUGCGGAGCUGCUAUACUUGUUAAUGCAAUAGCGUCGCCAUGGACCUUACUCGUAAUGAUUCCAACGUUUGCUAUGUACAUUGUACUUCAAUCUGUUUAUUUAAAGAAUGCUAGAACGCUUCAAAACGAAGAGGCUGAGAGCGCAGCGCGAGCGGUGUCACUGGCGGCGCAAACACUGUCGGGCGCAGUCACAGUGCGCGCAGGAGAUCUGCGGCCCCACAUGCGCGACGCUUUCUGCCGCCGACUCGAUCGCAACCACAAUGCUUUGUUGCUACUCAAUUCUGCUAAUCGUUGGUUAAGCCUUUCACUGGACGUAAUGGGUGCGUGGAGCGUAUUCGUGUCCCUGGCCGCAGCCCUGUACAGCGGCAGCGGGAGUGCGGUCACGGGCCUGGCGGGCACCUACUCUCUGCUGCUGCCCGUGUACCUCGCCCACCUCGGAAAGUGCCGCGCAGACCUGGAUGCACUACUCGCAUCUGUGCAGCGCCUGCUCACUGACAUCGAAGUGCCACAAGAGGAUUACAGAGAAGAUUGUGCUAUUCCUACGGAUUGGCAACGGAACGGUAAAAUAGAAUUCCAAAAUGUUACUAUUCAGUACCAACCUGAAUCACCGCCGGUGCUUCAAAAUAUUGACGUCGUAGUUAAUCCCGGUCAGAAGAUCGCCAUUUGUGGUCGUAGUGGCAGCGGAAAGUCCACACUUCUACUGACUUGUGCGGGCGCAACGACAAUUCACAGCGGUCGCGUUUUGCUCGACGGUCAAGACAUUACAUGCGUUCCGUUGCGGGUGCUACGACACCGAGUGGUUGUUUUGCCACAAGAAACGGUCAUGUUUUCGGGAACACUGCGAGAGAACCUCGACCCACUCGCUGUGCACACAGAUGAAGAAAUUUGGCAAAGCUUACGAGCCGUAGGAUUGUUUGAUUAUGUGACUGCGCAGCCAGCUGGUUUAGAGUGCAGCGUGUGCGGCGGGCGCGGAUGGGGCGGCGGUCGCGGGGCGCGAGUGUGCGCGGCGCGCGCGGCGCUGCACGCGCGGCCGGCCGCCGGGCUGCUGCUGGACGAGCCCGGCGCCGCCCUCGACGCGGCCGCCGAGCGCACCUUGCUGAAAGCGAUCGCUAGCGUCGCCCCUAACGCUAGUAUUCUUACUGUCGCGCACCGCAUAUCAUCCGUGCGCGACUAUGACAGCGCCAUGAUGCUGGAGCGCGGCACGGCCUCCGAGUGCGUAGACUUCGAGACGCUGAGCCCGCGCGCCUCGCUCUACGCACGCAGCAACGGGUCUACUGAUCCUGGUCAUACCGAAUAGAUUACGUCCAACACCAUUCGAGACGAGCUCGGCGUCUCAGCGACGAGUCGCAGGUUAUUUAUUCGGACGCAUUCCGUAAAUGUAUCGCUUUAAAAGAAGACUGAAGUCGCUCGUAUUUAUUUGUUUGAUAACUUCGAGGACCACCGAAUGACUUUGUAGCAAUAAUAAUGUAAUGUAAUUUUGACCACUUUUAGACAAUUUAUUGUAAAUAAUAAAUCACAAUUUAGGUUUAUCGAAUAAAGCAGUAAUAAAA